AGUUGAUUGUUUACUAUCCAUGUAGGGUUUUACUUAUAUGUGUUUGCUGUCACCUGUAAUAAAUUCGCCUUGGAUAUGGUAUUAACAAUGUUACUAUUAUUAGGCGCAAAAUAUGCAGAAGGUCUAGGUUUUAAAAGUUGUCGACUUUAAGUUGUUGCACUGGCAACAUUACACAUAUAGCUGAGGAUUUUUCUUCGGUUGUGAGCAGCUGUCAAAAAGUAAAAAAUACACAAUGUAGAUAGAAAUUAUUAUUUUAAUUGAUACACAAAUGACAAACUCUAUUGGCAAAGGUUGGGCAGCAGGCCUUGUAUCGGCGAUAAAAGAUCCUAAGAACUGUAUUAUAUCCUCGGAAGAUGCAGUAGUAAUACGCGAUAAAUACCCAAAGGCGCAACAUCAUUAUCUCGUGCUGCCAAAAGCCGACAUAGCGGAUAUAUUCCACUUAACUCUCAGCCAUUUACCAUUACUAGAGGAGCUAUAUUUGCUUGCCCAAAAUGUUAUCGAAGUGAAGCGCUGUGUAAUGGAUGAUUUUAAAAUCGGUUUUCAUGCACAGCCUAGCAUGCAGCGGUUGCAUUUACAUGUAAUAUCCAAGGAUUUUGUCUCCGACUGCCUAAAAACAAAGAAGCACUGGACUAGUUUUAACACGGAACUAUUUUUACCUUAUCAAGAUGUUACAACACGUUUAAAAGCAGACGGCUGCAUCAAACGGCUCACCAAAGAAAAAAUACAACAGUUGACUACCUGUGCGCUAGAAUGCAAUCAAUGCGAGUUUGUACCGAAAAAUGUGCCUGAUUUGAAGCGGCAUUUGUUUGACCAUUGGACACAAAAGCGAUAGGACAAUUGAAAUGUAAAACUUAUAUUGAAUUUUAACUAAUCUUCAAUGCAUUCUUAGCAAGAGUAUGUAGUGCUUUGGCUUAGAAUGCAGUAUCUCAGAUCCGAGUCGAAGCGAAAUUCCUAUGUGAAAAUGUGGCGAUAUCACAAAUGGGAACUUAACUAUCGCUGUUCAUUUACGAAUCUUUAACAUAAUUAAAUGGCGUUCAGUUCGUAAAAUUAGUUUUUAAUACAUACAUUGUAAAGUCAUAAUAAUAACAAAAAUACACAAUUAAUUUUUGAUUAAAUACUAA